AUGGAUAGCUUUUCAGUGUUUGAGGAGGUGAAGACCUCGAAAAAUGCAGAAUUUUCGUGUCAAACUGAAGAGAUUUCCUUUGAAAACACAGAAGUGCAGACGAUUGAGGAAUCAAUAAAGGACUAUAAAGAAGAGGAGAACGAUGAAGAACUGGCGUAUUGGCAGACGAUAGUGGCGAAUCGGCAGGGCGAAGUCGACAGGUUGAGGAGAAUCAAUGAUGAGCUGAGCACAGAAUGCGCCGAGAAGCGUACGAAGCUCAAAGAGAAAGAGGCAGAGUACAAGAGACUUUUCGAUUUGGGCAACGAGAAAUUGAAUGAAUCCAAGACUUCUGAAGAGGACACAUCAGCUGAAGACGUCGAGAAAAGUGUCGGGAAGGCUUGA